AUGUUCAAGAAAGAUAUCCCCCCGAGCAACCGCUCAAAAGUGAAAUCCAGCGUGCAGCGCGGCCUCCGCCAACGCUUCGUAGAAGCAUACCCAGGCUUCGAACCUUACAUUGAUGAUAUCCUGCCGAAGAAAGCUCAGCUCGAUGCUGUUAAACUUCCCGAAAAAUGCACCCUCUACACAAUCGACUCCACACCCCUCUUCUACCAACCCCAAGACGGCCCUCCCAUUCCACACCUAAAACUCAUCCACCAAUAUCCCACCGCCCUCCCAACCGUACAAAUCGACCGCGGCGCGAUCCGCUUCGUGCUAGCCGGCGCCGCGCUCAUGGCGCCCGGAUUAACGAGUCCCGGGGGCCGGUUACCGGAGAAGGAGAAUGCGUUGGAGGCGGGACAGGUGGUUGCUGUUUUGGCGGAGGGGAAGGAGACGGCUUGUCUUGUUGGGACGUUGAAGAUGGGGACGGAGGAUAUGAAGAGUAAGGGGAAGGGGGUUGUGAUGGAGGAUGGACAUUAUUUGGGGGAUGGGUUGUGGAGGAUGCAUCUUGAUUAG